CUUGUAUUGAGAUUAAGAGGUGAAUAUAUAUACUCAAUAAUUAGGUAAACCUUUAUAACAUUGGCAAGAGAAGAUAAUCUUCAUAAUGGGAUGUGCAUCAUCAGCUGACACUGGGACAGAAUUUAUACAGUUCGAAAAGAAGAAACCAUUAAAUAAUGACAAUGCGGUGGUUAUUACUCCCCGGCCGUCGUCCUUUCAACAAAAAGACCAAGACAACACAUCAUUAAAAACAAAAUCAGAGAAUUCGGACCUUUCUCUAUCGCCAUCUACCGAUCAGAGAGAACGAGAAGAUACUAUACUGAAGACAGAAACUCCGAAUUCUAACCCGUCGCCUAUUGACAAGAAAGACCGAGAAGACACAAUGCCGAAGUCAGAGAAAUCAGAUAUGUCUGAACAUAAUAGACCACCAUCCCAAUAUGUAGAUGACAGUACAAAUAUAAAGCAAGAUUAUGACCGACCUCAAUCAUUUCACCAAAGUGAUCACGGUAAAAAAUCUCCAGACAAGGAAAUAUCACAGUCAAGAGAAUCUAGUGGACGUACAAAAGAUGUGAUGAUUGUAAAUACUACGAAUAAUGAAGAGAAGGAGCGAAAACCUUCAUCUUCUUCAUCAUCUUCCUCAUCGUCAUCUGAAGAUGAAGGUGAAUCAGACGAUGAUAAGAGAGACUCGGAUACAAGACUACUGGAAACUAGGGAUUCUGAAACCAGAUUUAUGGAAACCAACGAACAAAAUUCUGUUAAAAACUCGGAAACCAACGACCUUGAUGAUAACCGAGGCUCGGAAAUGAACGGUUAUACUCCAAUAGGAUCGGAAACCAAUGAUCAUAAGUCACCAGAUUCCGAAACGAAUGAACGAAAAAUGAAUGAUGACGGUAUUUCAAAAACAGGAGAUGCAGAAAAAGACGAAGCAGACGUCAACCUAAAUAAUUUUGUGGGAACGGAAGAACUGACAAAACCUGUUGAAAUCAACGAAACUACAGAAAUUAUCCAACCAGAAGAAAAAUAUUCAAAUGAAGAAGGUGCAGCAAAUGACAAUUUAACAAAAACCGAGGAAGUCGAAAGCACACAUGCUGUAGAAGGAGAAAGUGUUGAUGAUACUGAAACAAAAGCGGAACCAAAUGAUACAAGACCCACGGAGAAACGCGACAAUGAAUCGUCUGAAAAUGGUCUUAUUAGUUCGAAAGAAGUUGACUCAACUGAAAAUAACUCUGAAAAGUCACCACAAGGAAUUGACCAUACGGAAGAGGAGGACAUGCCUUUCACUUAAACACGCAAAUGUAUCACAUAUAAAACCUAUAACUGUUUUAUACUCUUAAAAUAUAGAAUGAUAAUCGAAGGAAUAAUGAUACAAUUUGUUUCACUGUA